AUGAAGAAGUUAAUGGUGAUGAUGAUGAUGAUGGUGGUGAUGGUUGUGGUGAGUGAGGCGAGUAUGGUACAGCAGACAUGUAAAGAGACACCAAACUUCAGCCUCUGUGUCUCUCUUCUCGACUCUGAUCCACGGGGUUCCUCUGCCGACACCUCUGGUCUCGCUCUUAUCCUCGUGGACAAAAUCAAGGGGUUGGCGACAAAGACUUUGAACGAGAUUAACAGUCUAUAUAAAAAGAGACCGGAGUUGAAGGGAGCUUUAUACGAAUGUAGUCGGAGAUACAAAGCGAUCUUAAACGCGGAUGUUCCCGAAGCUAUUGAAGCUAUCUCUAAAGGAGUUCCAAAGUUCGGGGAAGACGGUGUGAUCGAUGCUGGUGUCGAAGCUUCUGCAUGUGAAAGAGGGUUUAAUGGGAAAUCUCCGUUGACUAGUUUGACCAAAUCAAUGCAAAACAUCUCUAAUGUGACUAGGGCCAUCGUGAGAAUGUUGCUUUGA